AUGGAACAACCCUUCACUUACUCACCCCUCCCAUCAAAAGGAUGGUUCAGACUGCUGAGUAUCCUCCCCUCGCAUGAUGAAUCAUCCGAAAUCUCCUGCGAGCUGCAUCAUCACGAGCUAUCUACCUGCCCUCACUAUGAAGCCAUCUCAUACACAUGGGGCAAUGAAGAUGCGACGAAGCGACUGUUGGUAAACGGAACUGUUUUUAAAGUGCGACCAAAUUUACAUGCAGCGCUCAAGGCAUUUCGAAAGCCUCAUGAGGCAAAACUCAUCUGGGUCGACGCCGUCUGUAUCAAUCAGCAAGAUCAAGGGGAGAGGAAUCGUCAAGUUCUCCAAAUGAACCAAAUUUACUCUCAAGCUCAAGCCGUCGACGUCUGGCUUGGGACUGCAGACACAACCUCUGACGCUGGUGUUACUUUCCUGAAGACUUUUUAUACACUUGUCUUCCAGGACACAAGUCAUCAACAAUCUCCGUCACGCGAUGCACGCACGGCCACGAUUUAUCCAGAUUCUACGCCCUUUCACGAGUUUUAUGCGCCCAUUCUAAAACUUCUCGAUGACCCAGAAGCACUGACGGCAUUCAAUCAUGCCGUAACAUUACUCACCAACAGCUGGUGGAGAAGAAUAUGGACACUGCAAGAAAGCGUCCUAUGCCCCAACGUAAUCUGCUGGUCUGGCUCAAAAACGUUUCCUUUCGAAUACCUCUUAGGCUUGUCCCAUUUCUUAUAUCACCUAGUGAAUCAUGAUGCUUACAAAGGCGCACUGGCCCACAGAGACAUGACUCUUGGCGCGCUGAUGCUCGUCGAGUAUCUGCGCAAAGACAUGGUUGCUCACGGGAAAAUCGGGUUGACAAUGGCGCUCUACUCGACUUGGAAUCGCGCGACUUCGGAUCCGAGAGACAAGGUCAUUGGCUUGUUGGGUAUCAUAGAGCCUCGCAAUAGUCUCAAGCCAGAAUACUCAUGGCCAGUCGAGAAGGUGUAUAGAGUGGCGAUGAGAGCCGCGCUUGUCGAAGAUGGCAACCUCAACUGCCUUGGCCUGAUCUCCGAGAAAAAGGAGUCUCGAAACAAGAACCUUGCUUCUUGGGUCCCUGACUUCGAACUCCACUCCGAGCCAUUCAGGGACUACAUAACUUCGCUGUCCAAAGUCCUCAACAAAUGGUCGAUCUACAAGGCCUUUAUGAGCCCAGAGGGAUCUCCUCCAUGCAUAAAAACAGAUGAGGAUGACAGUGUGCUGAUACUCAAGGGCUUUUGUCUUGAUUCUGUCUCCAUUGUCGGAACUCAAGCACCGGGCCCUGAUUUUGAGAAUGUUGGCGAAACAAGCCCUGGACACUGGAGGAGCUCGAUGAGAGACGCGCUAAAUCAAUGGAGAUCUUUUCUCCCACAUAGCGAUAGCUAUGUAACAGGAGAAACUCAGGCUAUGGCCUUCUGGAGAACAGUUCUAGUUGACUUAGACCAAGGCCGCCUAGCCUCAACGAAAGGGGGCCGGCCCAAAAGACUGGACGAGAAUGGUCUACAGGAUCUGUUGCAACUCGAAACCCCAGAGGGGAUGGAAGCCUUGCUAAGCAUAUGGGAGUCAUGCCUUCGACCGAUAUACCGCCAACUUCGAUUGAUUGAGCAGUUCAAUCGGCGUUUUUUCAGGACAGAAAAGGGUUACAUGGGAUUAGGUCCGCCUGAUAUCCAACCCGGUGACGCUAUCUGCCUCCUGUUGGGCGGAUCUGUGGCUCAUACGUUAAGGAGGAGUGAGCACGAGACCUGGAUCUACAUUGGCGAAUGCUAUAUCCAUGGCAUCAUGAACGGAGAGGCCGCUGUUGGAGCAAUUGAAGAAAAGACCGACUUCGCCGAGUAUCGUGUUGUCUAA